AUGAGCUUGUUGGUAAAUACAUUCCGUGUGCAAAGAUGCGUCUGGGCCCGGGGCUGUGCAGGGCUCUAUAAAAGCCCAUCCAGCUGCAGGUCCUUCAUCCACUUCUCCUGCCUUCUCCUCCACGGUGAACCAGGUCUGCCACCCACAGCCAUGUCCUGCUACGAUCUGUGCCGUCCCUGUGGCCCCACCCCGCUGGCCAACAGCUGCAACGAGCCCUGCGUGAGGCAGUGCCAGGACUCCCGGGUGGUGAUCCAGCCCUCGCCCGUGGUGGUGACCCUGCCCGGGCCCAUCCUGAGCUCCUUCCCCCAGAACACCGCCGUGGGCUCCACCACCUCCGCCGCCGUGGGCAGCAUCCUGAGCGAGGAGGGAGUGCCCAUCAACUCCGGGGGCUACGGCCUGGGUAGCCUUGGUGGCUUUGGUGGCUUUGGUGGGCGCUACUAUGGCAGGAGGUGCCUGCCCUGCUAA